ACAGACUACAGACAUGACAAAUCAAAACGCAGCAAAUCAUUUUGGGGGAAUGGCGAAGACCGUCGUAUCCAAAGAGAUGCCAUCGGAAACCGUCACAAAGGUCACCAACUUCUUCACGAGGCUCGGCGGUGGCACCGUAAUUCCGGCGAAGUACGAAGGCGAAGAUGUUCACUUCGAUCUGAUUCGCAGCUUGCUCAAAGUUCAACAUAUCCAUCGAGGUCGUAUAACCUGCAUCCUCACCGUCAAACCAUACGCCUGCAAUGCCUAUAACACCUUGCAUGGAGGAGUAAUUGGAUCCGUAGCCGAGAUUGUCGCUAUAGCUUGUGCUAGAACCGUUGUCAACAAAGAUAAAGAGCUUUUUCUUGGUGAAUUGAGUGUCUCUUAUCUCGCAGCUGCCGUUAAACAGACAGAAGUCAUCGUUGAUGCAUCCGUGGUAAGAAGUGGUAGGAACUUGACGAUCGUUGCCAUAGAGUUCAAGCUAAAGAAUUCUGAACAUUCGACUUCCUUGUGUCGUGCUACCUUCUAUAACAUGCCCGUUGCAAGCUUGUGAAGGUUCUUCACAGUUUUCUUCGGUUUAAACCGCAAUCAUAACGCUUUCCUGAGGUGUUGAUAGAAUAUAUAUUCUCUCCGUCCCAAAAUGUGUCCAUAUUUCUAUUUUAGUUUAUCACAAAACAAGUAUACACUUUCAAAAGUAACCGUCUACUUCUUAUUUUCUACCCUUAGUUGUUGUGAGAUGGGGUAAUUCAUUACUAACUCUGUUUUUA